AUGGAGCAUGGAGUCAAGUCGCCGAGCCACGAUGGCACCGUCGAGAUGGACUACGCCAACGACAUUGGCCACGACGUGCGCGCGCAGCAGGGCUCACACAACGCCCGUACCAACGACGAGACCAGGUCGCGGUACCUCCACUGGUUCCUCGGUGCACCGGGAACCUUGCUGGGCACACUCAUCGCGCUCUGCGUCGUCUUUGGUGUCGUGGGAGCCGCCGGCGACAACACCAAUUUCGGCGUCGUCUACCACGACCACGCCAAGUACACGUACGCUAUCGGGUGUCUCUUCCUCCGCGCCCUGACGUGCAUCGUCGUGCCCAAGAUCGUCCUUGACGUGGCGCUUUCGUGUGCCGACGUUGUCCGCGCACGGCGUAUGUUUCAAUUUCGCCGGCGCAUCGUCGGUCUUGCGCUCCUGACGACGCUGCUUGCAUCGGCGCAGGGGCUCGCAUGGGGUCUUCUUCUCGGCCAUAAGUUUCGCGGCACAACAUACACGUUCCGCCCUGCGGCACUGGGCCUUCUGUGCCCGCGUCUCGAGAGCGACAACACCACGACGACGACCUUGACAGGCGUUGUGGUUGUCGAGAACGGGACGCUGGCGUGCACGACCCAUGACAAACUCGCAUCGUUUGGCAUGGCCGACGACGUGUUCAAGCUCCGAAACACCAUCAAGCGCUGGACAACGUACGCCAGCGUCGGCGACGAGAUCCAGAGCAUGGUCCGUCGACUCGUGCCCCGCAACCUGACGCUGGCGCUGCUACACGGCGACGUCGCGGGGGCUGUCGUAUUUGCAAUCGUACUGGGGAUUGCGCUCGGCGUGUACGACGGUGACGACGGCGACGACGAUGCUGGCAGCGACACCCGCAUCGUCAAGGUGCUCCGUGAGCUCAACGCGAUCUUUGAGAUUAUGAUGUCUUACGUGGUGACGACGACGCCAGUUGCGCUCAUCCCGCUGAUUGUCGGGCCGCUUCUCUCGGGCACGCACGGCUACGAGGACUUUGCGCGUCUCGGGUAUUUCGUGCUGGCAUACCUGGCUGCGAUCGCGACCCAUGGCCUCGUCGUGCUCCCCACAGUGCUCGUGCUUGCAUCAUACACACACCCGCUGCGAUGGUUUCAGCACGUGCGCCAGGCACUGCUGUACGGCCUCGCCUGCAGCUCGUCGCGCCAAUCGCUGCCGUUGACGAUGCGAGCGCUAGACAAGCACGUGGGCACGCCAGAGGCAGCGCGCUUUGGCGUCGUUGUCGGCACUACGCUCAACCGGAACGGCGCGUCCAUGUACAUCACGCUCUCGCUUGUGUGGCUCUUUUACAAUGCAGGUCUUGACGAUCGGUUGACGCCUGUCAAGACGUGUCUGAUUCUUCUCUGCGGCGGGCUCGGGUCUCUCGCUGCGGCGCCCGUGCGCUCGGGCGGCAUCGCAAUCGUCGUGAGUUUCUGGGCCAUGCUCUCGGGUAUUCCAACGCCGUAUGCGUACAGCCUCCUCCUCGUCGCCGAGUGCAUCAUGGACCCGCUGGCGACGAUGAUCAACAUGGCCGGCAACUUGGUCGUUGCCCACAUCGUGGGCAACGGAAACACCGACCUCCUGUCCCGGCAAGGGCGCACGAGUGCAUAG